GACUUGUUGGUAGAAUUGUGUGGAUAUUGGGCUUACGUUGGCCUGAUUCGCGAGCACAGUCAUGUCGUCCGAUCUCGACAAGAUCGAAAGAUUCUCUUUUAUGAUCCAAAUUGGUCUGACGAGGGAACAAGUGAGUGUGGAGGGAGAAUUAACUCUGGCUCGCUUGAAAGACAUCGCAUGUGCGUUUGUUGACAGAAAGUUUCCUGAACAUGGGUUUUACAAUCUGGUCGACAAAAUCCUGCUGUUCCGACAUGAUAACAGCAGUGAGAAUGUCCUGACCCUGUUGAACACACCUGUGGAUGUGAAGGAAGGGGGCCUGGUGGAACUGGUGUUGUCAGCCCAGACCACGAUGGAGGAGCUUCAAAUUCGUCCCCAUCUUCUGUACGUCCAUUCCUACAAAUCACCACACUUCUGUGAUUUCUGUGGUGAGAUGUUGUUUGGGCUCGUCAAGCAGGGUCUGAAAUGUGAUGGGUGUGGCCUUAAUUUUCACAAACGUUGUGCAUACAAGAUCCCCAAUAACUGCUCGCACGAGCGUAACCGACGGCCGUCCAGUGGCCAGAACACAAUUCUGGUGGGGAGACAGACUGAUGGACCUUCCGAAACAUUGAGGUACCAUCAUGACCUUGGCGCAGAGACAUCCCAUGUGUCAUUGCGCGUUCCGGAGCCCCUGUCCAUUCACUCCUCGCCCAGUGGCGGUUCUCUCAAUGACACCCGCUACAACCGUUCUCGCUCCUGGAGUGGCCGUCCGCUUUGGAUGGAGAAGGAGUAUGCGGGACGCAUCAAGGUGCCCCACACAUUCAAUGUUCACAACUAUACCCGCCCCACCGUAUGUCAGCACUGCAAAAAGCUCCUCCGCGGACUCUUCCGACAAGGCGUCCAAUGUAAAGAUUGUAAGUUUAAUUGUCACAAGAAAUGUGCCCCAAGUGUGCCAAAGGACUGUACAGGUGAACUACCAGGUAUUAUUGGAGUUUGUUAUGACUCUCUGCUUGACCCUGAUGGUGACAGUGUGACAGACAUUUCCCUGAUCUCUGACACAGUUGACGAGGAAGACACACCGUCCCAGGAUGACAACGAGGACUCUGAUCCGCCGAAACCGCCUCUCAGCCCAACACAGAGCAGUAACAUUCCGCUGAUGAGGGUGGUGCAGUCUGUGCGUCACACCAAGCGGGCCGGAACCAAGGUCCUGAAGGAGGGGUGGAUGGUACAUUAUACCAACAAGGACAGCAGUAGACGGCGAUAUUUCUGGAGGCUGGAUACCAAGUCGUUAACCCUUUACCAGACUGACAAAACCUCACGAUAUUAUAAGGAGGUUCCACUGUCAGACAUCGUCCUUGUGGAAUUGGCCAAGAACCCACCUGGAGAUGCUAACAAACCACCCCAUGUGUUUGAAAUCCGCACAAUGGGUCUGACAUACUUUGUGGGGGAGGACCCGACAUUUGGAGGAAAGGAAGGGAACAUUGUUGCGUCACAAGAGAGUGGGGUUGGUCUGGAGCAAGCUAAACACUGGGAGCAGGCGAUCAGACAGGCCCUCAUGCCCGUGACCCACACCACAGGCAGUGUCAGGGAAGUGAAAGGGGACAGACAAAUGGUGGACCACAAGCCUGAUGUGAGCCAACUGUACCAAAUCUACCCUGAUGAUGUCCUUGGAUCAGGACAAUUUGGGAUUGUUUACGGAGGCAAACACAGGAAAACUGGACGAGAAGUGGCCAUUAAGGUGAUAGACAAAAUGAGGUUUCCCACAAAACAGGAAGCCCAGCUUAAAAACGAAGUCUCUAUUUUACAGAAUCUCCACCAUCCAGGGGUGGUUAACCUGGAGAUGAUGUUUGAAACAGCAGAAAGGAUAUUCGUGGUGAUGGAGAAGCUACAGGGUGAUAUGCUGGAGAUGAUCUUAUCUAGUCCUCGAGGGCGACUUAGCGAAAGAGUCACAAAAUUCCUUAUCUCACAGAUUCUGGUUGCCUUGAAACACCUCCACUCCAAAUGUAUUGUCCACUGUGAUCUGAAACCUGAGAACGUCCUCCUCUCCUCCGAGUCCGCCUUUCCUCAGGUGAAGCUGUGUGACUUUGGUUUUGCCCGCAUUAUUGGGGAAAAGUCCUUCCGAAGAUCUGUUGUCGGCACCCCAGCUUAUUUAGCCCCUGAGGUGUUGAAGAGUAAGGGGUAUAACCGUUCCCUGGACAUGUGGUCAGUGGGGGUCAUCAUCUAUGUCAGUUUAAGUGGAACGUUUCCCUUUAAUGAGGAUGAGGAAAUCAGUGAUCAGAUUCAGAACGCAGCCUUUAUGUACCCUACCAACCCAUGGAGAGAAAUCUCUCAAGAAGCAAUUUCAAUGAUUAAAGCCAUUCUGAAAGUGAACAAAUACGAGCGGCCUUCAGUGGCCGUGGCUCUCAACCACAUCUGGCUAAAAGAGGAUUACCAGACCUGGUGUGACCUCAGGAAACUGGAGGCUGCUGUGGGUCAGCGCUACCUCACCCACGAAUCCGAUGAUGAACGGUGGGAGAACUACAGGAAGGAGCAGAAGCUAGGCCCCUGGCAGGAGAUGGGACAGUCAGGUGUGACAGAAACCUUUACCCUCGGAAAGUCUCGUGAUCGUACUGGCUCUGCACCCACCUCGUGAAGCUUUCGUCUGUGUUCCGUCACGUGCCACACCCUUGAUAUUACCCUCACCUUGCCCCAGCUGUGACUGUUUGUCAAGGUCACCUUGAUAUAUCCGUGACCUUGUGUCAAGGUUACUUAGUAUCAAGGUGACUAUGAUGAAAGUGUGGCCUUGUGUUAAGUUACCCUUGAUGUUGAUAUGACCCUGUGGUACAUGUAGCUAGGACCUUGUAUCAAGAUCACCUUGGUAUCUUCUUAAUACUGUGGCCUUGGUAUUGCCUAGUACCUCAGUGUUACUGUGACAGUGAUCAGUGUCAUAGUGUGACUGCUUUGUGACAGUGUGUGACUUGGCAGUGCAUGAAUUGACAGUACAGAAACUGUUUUCUUCUGACAUUUUGACGGUGCUACAGCCAGAACGCAUUCCACAUGCUAGUGCUAAGUGUAUUAUUUGUUUGUUUAAUAUUGUAUGUCUAUAAUUUUUCUCUCUCGAACCCUGUGUGUGCUAACCCUGGGAGACUCUGAGAGACCGUAGUAUGGUACAUACAUGCAUAUAUACAUGUAUGACAGGGAUUCCAACACCAGACUGCUACCCUGCAUACUUGCUUUAAUAGCAUGAGUGUUAUGUAACUUGUGCUUUAUUUCAUGUACCUUCCCUGGUCAAGCGCCCCCUGGUGUCAUAAAACUCCCACUUGCCUGUGGCUUAAGUUUAUUGUGGUUUGUAAUCCUGUGUGUAAAACCCUGACUUGCGUUAUGAUUUGUGAAGCAAUUUAUAAGUGUUUAAUAUAUUGUUUGCACUCUCCAGUCUAAAGAGAUGAGGUAGUAAAAUGAGGGUAGAUUACAUGAAGGCCGCGAUGAUGUCUGACUUUCAUGUACAAGUAACCAAUGCUCAAUAUCGAAACAAACUGCAGCAGCCAAGGUACAUGUUUAACAUGUAACUCAAACUAUGACCAAAAGAUGAGGAAAGGUGUGACCUUGUACCAGAGUUGUGCUGCACUUUUUGUAUUACCUGUGUAUUACACAUUAUGUACAUGUAGGUUGAGAGAGAGAGUCAAGGCUGAGAGAGAGGAGAGAGAGAGAGAGAGAGAGUCAUGCGGAGUGGUUUAAGAGCUACAUCAGUGUCAAUACCUGGUGUAUGUCUUAAAAUCAGGGUAAAAUAAUAAGGAUCGAGAUAAUCUGAGUUGCUUUAAUAAAUUGUCCAAAAAAGAUUGUGUUGUAUUAAAACCACUGUUGGUAGUUUCAGAGGGUAAUACGAAAACAAAAGUCUUUUACUAUUUCCACAUGGUUUCAAAAGUCAUCGUCACAUAAGGAAUAAUAGAACGUCACUUGAGGCAAAUUUAACGAAAAUUGCUGAUUUU